AUGGUUCUGAAGUCGCCAGAGUUACUGUCCAUGCUCCUCAACUCAAGAGUGUCGCUCUCCAUGAGCGAAGCGAAGGAGGGUUACAGACGCAUGCACGCGAGCGUGUGGCCCGCAGUCCGGCGCCGUGGCGGAGGAGGCGGUGAGGGUCGGUGGAUCACCGCGCUCCCGCUGCGACUCUCCAAAGUCGUGGGCGUCGAGGAGGAUACCGUAAUCCCGGCUCGCCCGGAGAAGGCGCUACGGCAAAUUCGAGGAAAGAGCCGGAGAGUAAAGUCACCCAGCUCGGUGGCAGAUUUAGAGCAACCGGACGGUGGGACAGGCGCCACGAGCCCCGGCGGCGAGGCCGUGGCGGUGCCGUCGUGGGCCCCCUCGGCCCGCCGCCGCUUUUACAGCGCAGACGGCGCCGGCGGCACCGGCGGGCCGAGGUCGCGAGGCCGCGCCGGCGGGGGGCCCCGCGCGGGCGUUCGCGCCAAAACCCCGUCGACCUCCUCCUCCUCCCCGGCCGAGGCCUGGCCGCCCGGAACCAACGGAGAUGCCGGCCCGGGCCUGGGCCUGGCGGUGACCUCCAACGCCCGCGAGAGCCGCGACAACUCGUUCAGCCGCUCGCGCUCGUCCAGCGUGUCGAGCAUCGAGAAGGAGGCGCGCGAGGCCAUCACGGCGCUCUGCUACGCCGACUCGUUCGGCUGUCGGGCGGCGGGGGGCAGCCCCUCGCCCUGCCUCUGGGUGGGCACCUCUCUGGGCACCGUCAUGGGCAUCCUGCUCACCCUGCCCUCCGCCUCGCCCGCAGAGGCGCGCCUCUCCCAGCCCGUCAUCGUGUCGCCCAGCGGCACGGUGUUCCGGCUGAAGGGCGCCAUCAUGCGGCUGGCGUUCCUGGGCUGCGACGGCUCCCUGACCCCGCCGCCGGCGGAGCCGUGGCGCGACCCCAACAGCGCCGAGGAGCGCGACGAGCGGGAGGGGAGGAUCUCGCGCAAGCGCCGGCCCGUCUCCGUGUCGCCGUCGCAGUCUGGGCCCGACCUGCCCGGUGGCGGCGGCGGCAGUGGGCCGGGAGGAGGCGUAGCGGGUGGCGGCCCCCAGGGCGAGCAGCAGUUCAUGUUGCUGUGCUCGGAGAAGCAGGCCAAGGUGGUGUCGCUCCCGUCGCAGGCGGUGGCCUACAAGCACAGCAUCACGGAGACGUCGUUCGUGCUGCGCGGCGACGCCGUGAGCCUGGGCGGCGCCGCCUGCCUCGCCGCGUUCUGCGCCCACGGCCACAUCAUGGCCUUCAGCCUGCCGAGCCUGCGGCCCCUGCUGGACGUGAACUACCUGCCGGUGACGGACAUGAGGAUAGCGCGCACCUUCUGCUUCGCCAACGAGGGCCAGGCCCUCUACAUGAGCUCCCCCACCGAGAUCCAGCGGCUCACCUGCAGCCAGGACAUGUGCGAGAACCUGCAGGAGAUGUUGGGGGAGCUCUUCACCCCCGUGGACACCCCCGAGGCUCCCAACCGUGGGUUCUUCAAGGGGCUCUUCGGGGGCAGCGCCCCCUCUGUGGACCGCGAGGAGCUCUUUGGCGAGACGGCGGGCAAGGCAUCGCGGAGCCUGGCGCAGCACAUCCCGGGCUCGGGCAGCGUGGAGGGGGUGCGCGGCGCCGCCACCGGCGUGGCGGCCGACCUGGCGCGGGCGCGGCUGGCGCUGGACGAGCGUGGCCAGCGGCUCGGCGAGCUGGAGGACCGCACGGCCGCCAUGCUGGCCAGCGCCGAUACCUUCUCCAAGCACGCGCAUGACCUCAUGCUCAAGUACAAGGAUAAGAAGUGGUACCAGUUCUGAGGACUAACACCGUCCCAGCAGCCCAACUCCCUCGAUCCGGCGGUUGAGACUGAGCGGUCACGUGGUGGUGCCAUACCCUGGCCUUGCCCUCUGGCCUUGCCCCCCCCCGGCCAUGCCCCCCCCCCCCGGUCAUACCCCCCAUGGAUUGGGGCAAGCACCGGGAAUCGCGUGUCGCUCCGAGCCAGCCCGCACGCCGCAACCGCCCCUGCCGCGUCGUACACACGCGCGUGCGCACGCACGCACGCAUAUACACACGCACGCACGCAUAUACACACGCACGCGUAUACACACACAUGCGUGCACCACCGCACCGUGUACACGCGUCACGCACACGCGUCACGCACACGCGGCUAGACACACGCACGCGUGUCGGACGCACGCGCGCGCGGGAAAACGACGACACGACGACCAAAAGGUAAUCUACGAAUGUUGGCUCGAUAAUCAGACUAAGUUAUUCUUCUAUGCCUUAUGUUGUGAGGGUUAUGUUUUUCACACGAUCGGCGUGUGUUCACUGUGUGUGUGUGCCGUGGUGGUGGUGGGGGCGGUGGUGGUGGCGGUGGUGGGAGGGCGCAGAACUGCAGUUGGUAUUUCACAGAUCCCGCAAACACUGCACGCGAGCGAAUCCAGAGGUGUGGGGGGGGGGGGCUGGAGAGGGUUUAAGUUGAGCCGCUGCACAACCACGUUUCAGUGUCCACCACUUGUCCACCGUGAGCUUGCGGCUCCUGCGAGUCGCGUGCGAACCCGGCGCGCUCCACUCCGCACAGCGAGCAGCCCCCCACAGAGUGAGUAUUUGAUGAGACAUUAAAAGCCUUGGCUGGGUGGCAGCAGCGGCAGCAGCUGCCACCAUCAGGAGGGGGGAGGGGGUGGGGUGCCCCCCUUUCACUCACCCUCUUUAAAUGUCUACCCCCCCCCCCCAAUCCCCUUCGCUAGUCUGAGAACCGUGACGAUGUUUCCGCUGCUCUCCGCUGUUUGCGUUCAGCAGUUUCCAAUCCCAGGUGGCACCUCCUCAUCCUCCUUCAUCGCCGUCAUCGUUGUCGGCAUCAAACGCACCCAUCACCUCGCCACGUCCCCCAACAGGGGACAGAGCCCCCCCCCCUUGCUCUGACCUUUCUCACUGGGGGUCACGCCCCCCCCCCCCCCGCACGCCGCCCUACCCCCUUGCCGAGACCCCAGUUCGUUCCUCCUGCCCCCGCCCCGUGAGAGGGGUACGGGGCGAUGAAGAACGCUGUGAGUCCCCCAAUGCCGUUACGAGUGUCGGUGUGCGCGCGCGUACGUGUGUGUGUUUUCAGGGUGUGUUGUGUCUGGCUGUGCGUGUCGGUGUGUGUCGCGUGUCUUCUACCUUUGAGUUGGUGUAGGUGUCCGUCCGUGGGGUGGGGUGUGCGUUCGUGCGUCUGCUUGUGUCCUGUCGCGCGCGUGUAUGUAUGUGUGUUUUUCGACGCGUGUGUCUGUGUCUGUGCGCGUCCACGUGCGCUCGUUUGGCAGCGCGUGUGCCCGUGUGCCACAACCGUGCUGCUGCUGUUCCUGCGUCUCGCGGCGGCCUGCGCGUGCUCCUGUUCGUGGCUCUCCGCCUGUGGGCGUGUUCACGCGUUGUGCGUGCGCGCGUCAACCUGUGCGCUCGUUCACCCGCCGGUCCGUCCUGUGUUGCGUACGCCUGUGCGUGCACGUGUGUGUGAGGGUGUGUGCGUGCGUGGUGGUGGUGGUGGUUGUGCCCGCCUGUGCGUGCACGUGUGUGUGGGGGUGUGUGCGCGCGUGGUGGUGGUGGUUGUGCCCGCCUGUGCGUGCACGUGUGUGCACGUGUGUGUGAGGGUGUGUGCGAGGGUGUGUGCGCGCGUGGUGGUGGUGGUGGCUGUGCCCGCCUGUGCGUGCACGUGUGUGUGGGGGGGGGGGGGUGUGCCCGCCUGUGCGGGCAUGUGUGUGUGGGGGUGUGCAUGCGCGUGGUGGUGGCUGUGCCCGUCUGUGCGUGUGGCACGGUUAUCGCGAGUGAUGUGGAAGGAGGGGUGGAGGAGGAGGGGGGGGAAGGAGGAACGGGGUGUCUCGUGAGGCUGUAGUUCUCGGAAUGCAAAUCCUUUUGGUAUGGGGGGGGUGUGGUGGAAGGGGAGAGGUGGUGGUGGUGUGGGGUGAAUUAAUGAAUUAGCGAAAGACGGUAGCAUAAAGUGACCACUUCCCCCCCCCCCCCCACUCGACUGGAGUACGCUGCUCGAGUGUGGCACGUGGUGAACGCGGUGCAAUCGUCGCAUCCACUGUUAGAUGAAAGCAUCGCCCGUGCCAUAGUCACACGUGUUCUGUCCACCGUUCGAUGAAGGCAUCACCAAUGACAUUGCCGCACGUGUUCUGUCCACUGUUGGAUGAAAGCAUCGGCCACCUCACACGAUCAUCGUACGACAAGCAGGAUGAACCGUCGUCAUCUGCGUCGCAGCAGCGUCAUCAGUCAUCAUCACUCGAGCGGCGCCUAUCUCCAACACUGCCCACACCAUCACCGUGAUUCGUGGGCCACGUGAACACACAACAACAACAACAACCGCCGUUCACCACUUAGCGGCGGUGAUGUCAUCACGGUGCUUGUGCCAUGCUAGGUGCACUUUGGGGCCACGCAAGGUUGUCGAAAGCCCGCUGGCAGGAGGUGGUCACGGAAGCAGAUCCUGGUGCCACGGGUUGACUGACUGCGAUGGCUGGCAGACGUGCACCAGCUGUGCCCCCCCACCCCCCUCCACUGUGCCAAACUUCCUGCCACAACCACCAGCAUCAUUGUCGCCAUCGUCACCUUGAGAGGACGGCUCCACUUGCUGUUGGCACCACCACCACCACUACUACCCCCACCACCGUCAUCGUUUAACCAUCAUCACUCUGAAGAGGUGCUGAGCUCUCCCCCGCCCCGCCACCCACCCACGCGUGUCACUCCACUGCUUUGAGUGCAAUAUUAUUGCGACGAUCGUGAUGCAUUGGCGACAGGCGAGAUGAAAAGGUGGGGGGGCGACAAUAUAUGUAUAGAAAUUAAAACGCGUGAAAAAUAAAUAACGGUACAUGUAACAAAUUUAAACUUUCAAGGAUACAAACGAUGGGGGGUAGGGCGGUCAUAAUAAAAACAAUUGCAUGUUGUAUAGAAGAUUCACCGCAAUGGAUUCCCCACUAAGUCAAGGUUUCGCUCUAUGUACGUAUGUAUAGCGUGGAAGAGUAGGCCAAUUACCCUCGAGAGAGAGAGGGCUGUCUGCAGAGCUCCUCGCGGAGGCGCAUCCGCCAGCAGUGACGUGAGCGGGGCCCCAUUGCAGGCCUGCGCUUUUAUCCCCAAGCGCGCUGAUUGUGUUCGCGCCACGUGGCCAGGCUCCAGGGCUGCGCCAUCAAAGCCGCUCGGCUUGACAACCUGGUUCGAUUCCUGGGUCUGACACAGUUACCCACUCCCCCCCCCCCGUCUUGACGGAACCUCCUUUCGGGACCCCUGAAACUCAUCCCCCCCCCCCCACACACAUCUCCAUCAAAAACAUGUACAGGGGAUAUCCAUCCACUUUAACUUAUUGGAUGCGUCCAUCAACCCUUGCCAGCGAUUUGAUUACAUUCCCCAAUAAUUUGAUUCAAGGAUGUCUAUGGGUUUUUUUUACAUCGUGGUGAAUAUAGCGCCCUCCAGCGGCUGCAGGGUUGAAGCGGUGCCAUUCCGCACACCCUAAACGAAUUGGGGAUGUCUGGCCCAAAGCCAUUGAGAAUGGAGGAGGUGGUGGGAGGGUACAUGGGGGGGGUACCCUGUUCAGUCCCCUGUUUGUAGGGGUCCAAGCACAAAUACACACCGACCCGUCAAACCUGGCUUUUGCCCCCCCCUCCCUCCCUCCCUCAUACCAGUGUUAAUAUAUUGUCUCUGUACAGGAGCCUAAUUUCUCAUGGAAUAUUUUUCGGAGCUCAGCCCCGGACGGCUCCUGCUGAAAUUAAGCCCCGCUGCAUACUUCACCAGCGGCGGCUGCCCGUGUAUGGGGAGCCGUGGCAGGCGGCGCACACACCCACAUAUCUGUAAUCCCUGCUCCGCCAUCCUCUUCAAAAAAGACUCGGGUGGUGCGUGUGUAGACUACCAAGUCGCGUGGUGUGCGUGAAGGCUACCAAGCCACGUGGUCCGCGUGUAGACUUUGGGGCCACGUGGUCCGCGUGUAGACUUUGGUGCCACGUGGUCCGCGCGUAGACUUUGGGGCCACGUGGUCAACAUUUCGACUACGGUGCCACGUGGUCCACCCUAUGAUGUCAUCGUUAUCCAAAUAUCUCACUCCGGCACGAGCCCAACGUGACGGGCCCCCCAGACCCCACCACAUCUGCUCACACAACCACUCUUACAUCUUCCGCUGCUUGCCACCGCCGCCGAUGGCUCACUUUGCUCACCGGGUGAGAGGCGAUUUGCGAUGCGAAUCUCCCCGGCGGAUCCGCUGCUCGGUUAACGUCCUCGGAAUAGCUCACCUGAGUUGCAAUUUAUUUCGGGAGUUUGUGGGCCACGGCCGAGGAGGAGAAGUGAGAGGCCGAUUUAGGUCCGAGCCCGGCUUGUCGGCGCUGUAUUAUACAGGGGGAUGAUGAUGAUGCUGCUGCUGCUCUGCUCGUUCUCGCCGUGCGCUGUAUUUUGCCAGGUCCUCCCGUGGUAUUUAAGCCGUCACGAAAUCGCGCGCUACCUUUCAGUGCGAUGUACAUAACGCAUUGGGCAAAGAGACGCGGUCUACAGUAAUAACUAUUGAGAAAUAAUAAUAACAUUGACGACGAUGAUGAUGAUGCCGGUUACGCUUCACUCUCGCCCUCCACUCCCCUGUCGAGGCGUCAUUUUUUUUGUACUGUGCUGUUGUUAGAAGAGACGCCAAGAGCAUCUCCGUCUAUCUUUCUCUGUCGUUGUCCUCCACAUCUUUUAUCUCUCGAUCUCUUAAGAUCUCCCCCCCCUCCCCCUGUGUCUUGCCACCCCGAUAUCUCUGCUGACCAAAUCCCAGAUACAUAUAUAAUCUCGCGCGCCCGUCUCCUUUCUCUGGUCGCUCUUCAAAUAUCCCUAUCCACCACUCCCCCUCGCUCUCUGCCCGCUCAUCUCCUCCCCCAAUCACCCAUUGCUUUGUUUCCCUCCUCGCUCGCUCACUCUCCCGCGUCUCUCACCCCUCUCUUCUUCCCAACUCAACCUCGUCACCCUCUCUCCAGCCUUCAUCUCUCUCGCUCUCCCUCCCUGUUCCCUAUCUCCUCUCGACUCCCCCUUCCAUUACCCCGGCUCCCUCCUUCCUUGCACCCCACUGGGGUAUAGGCAUCGAGUGUGCAUCAGCCCACUGGGCCGGAUGGGUUCCAAGUUACAAAGAGGAAGGGGGGGGGAUUGGAGAGGGGUGGAGGGCAAAUCAAUCAUUGCACCAUGGCACGUAGCAAGCUCGCUACGUCGCUGCUGUACCCGCAUCUCCAGCCCAGCCCCCGUCUCUCCCAUCCUCUCCUCGUUCAUAUCCCCCUCUGUCCACCCCCCUCUAUCAACACCCCCCUCUAUCCUACCGUUCUCCAUCUCUCUCUCUCUCUCUCAUGCUCGCCUCCUCUCGCCCAUCAUCGCCUCCCGAUGCGAUCAUCCAGGUGAGAUGAGAGCCUAGAACGGGGGGCGACUCUGGCUCACUCACAGGAGACAUGGGGGUCAAAGAGAUGCAAAGGUUCAGGGAGCAGGGGUGAAACGGACAUUGCUUCUCCCCUCGCUGCUGCUCCCAUUUUGUUGAGUGUCCCCCCCCCCCAUAUCCCCUCCUCUCUCUCUCCACACCUGUCCCCCUCACCUGUCCCCCUCACCCGUGCUCCCACGUUCACCCACAGUCCCCUUGCCUCGUGUGUCCCCCGUUAAAUAUUCCUCCAACCUCCACAGAACCGCGUCGGGAUUGAACCCGGAAAGCCCUUAGGUCUGGGGCGAUGGUUUCGUCUGUAACUGAGAUGCGCGGAGGAAUAAAAGUGCG